GACAGCUGACAUUCUGCGUGUUUGGUGGUUUGGUCUUGGUCUUGGGAGGUGUAGAAGUUGAAGACUACAAACGCAACUAUAUUUGGCAUUUAUCAGUCCAAUGGUUAUUUGACGUUCACGGCAAAGUACCUUUCGAACAUUGUUAUCAUGGCUCUCCGUUACGGCCAAUUUUUGCUCCAGCAAAGAUCCUUGAAUCUGGGCAUCUUGUUCCGAUCAAGCCACAUUGGACUAAAAAACUUGGAAAAACUACAACCUCUCAAGAAAUCUACCCAGGAUAUCCACUUAACUUCAGCUUCUUCCUAUCCUGAUGCCAAGGAUAUUCCGCUUCCCUCUAAUGUUGAAGACAUUAAUGCAAUUGAAACAGGGCGCUUCUCACCUCAGAGGGCCCGUGACAUUACUGGAGACGUAAUAUUCACUCAAAGCUCUACCAUUACACCGUCCACGAAACAAGAUCUCUCUGCUGAUUGCUUUCUUCAGAGUUAUGAUUGUACAGGCACAGUUAGUCUGAACUCGGCAAUGCAGUCUAAUGUCCCUGACCCAUAUACAUCGAAAGGAAAGUCAUCCCACUUGAACAUGCCAGGGGGAGAGUGGGGGCGCUCUGACAAGUAUGUUGCACAGGAUCUACAAAACUCUCACUAUACCAACAUCAAAGAUAAUGAUCUUGGAGCACAUGCUGCAGCCACUUCUCUUGGGGGUAAAAAAGGUACCUAUCCAUUAAAUUCGAAAGCACUAGGGCCACAUCUCCAGUUUCGUCAUUUUAGUUCAGCUGCAGAAAGUCCUAAAAGUAGUGAAGAAAAUAGUGAAAAGAAAACUAAAAUGUCUAAAUAUGUGAAGGCAGUCAAAGAUUAUGGACCAACAGUGAUUGUAUUCCAUAUCAGCAUUUCUCUGAUUUCACUUGGUGGCUUCUAUCUGGCCGUCACAAGUGGAAUCGAUGUGAGGGGUAUCUUCGCCUUCAAGGACUUCUCACCAGAGGUUGCUGGAGAGGUGGGAGCAUUUGUUAUUGCAUAUGCUGUCCAUAAAAUGUUUGCGCCAGUUCGUUUAAGCAUUACCCUAUUUUGUACUCCUUUCAUUGUACGCUAUCUGCGAAAAGUUGGGAUUUUGUCCAAACCAUGAGGGUAGUCUAAGAAAGUUAAUGUAAGAUAUAUAUGUGAGGGGAGGGGAGGGGGGAACAAGUUUAUACUGAUUCAGUAUGUGUUUUGUGCUGUACUCUGCAAUUUUUGAGCACCUUGCCAUCAUCUCUGCUCUUGUAUCUGAUUGCUUUUAUAUUACAAUUUUUUUUUGUGUGUGUCGGUGAUGGUCUGCAAGUUUUUGUUACAACUUUGAGGGUCUUUCUGUUUUGUUUCCACUAAGUGGAUUUUUGCAUCUGAAUUCUCAGGAUGAAAUAUGUUUUGUAUUCCAAAUCAACAUUCACUACUUUUUCACUCUGUGGCUGUGUAGAUUGUGAUGUUUAUAUCAUACAAGAUUUUUUUACUGAUUUUUUUUAUUAGCUUAUUUAAUCCGCUACUAGGAUUGCAAAAGAACAGAUAUAAAUUAUUGGAUGCUUUUCAAUAAAAACUUGUUUAUUUUUCCA